AAUACGUCAUGACAUAUGAUAAUAGAACUUUAUUCAUCCCACAGCGGGGAAAUUUACUUGUCGCAGCAGCGCAUACGAGUGCAAGAAAACAAGUGCCAAAAUAUUAAAAACAUCCGUCAAAAGAAGCAAUUUGCCAGCAAAAAAAGCAAAAGGGGACCUGGCUGGAAAUUCAGUCUGGACCUGACUCACCCUGUCGAGGAUGGCAUCAUGGACUCCGCCAACUUUGAAAGCUUCUUGAAAGAGAAGAUCAAGGUCAACGGCAAGACCGGCAAUCUUGGGAAUAUUGUGUCUGUCGCCCGCAUGAAGAACAAAAUCAACGUCACCUCUGACAAACAGUUCUCCAAAAGGUAUUUAAAGUACCUGACGAAGAAGUACCUGAAAAAGAACAACCUGCGUGAUUGGCUGAGAGUGGUGGCCUCCGACAAGGAAACGUAUGAGUUGCGCUACUUCCAGAUUAGCCAAGAUGACGGAGAGUCUGAAGCAGAAGACUAAGAGUCCUCUUCCAUUUUAUCAUGACAAUAAAUCUACAAAACCAAGCAAAAGUCCUCUUCCAUUUUAUCAUGUCAUUAAAUCUACAAAACCAAACAAAAAAACCUCA